CUAAAUGUUUUCAUUUUGUUGCUAAAGGUGGAUUACAAGAUUUUAAAAAGCCCUGUGUUUUCCCUUGACAACAGUAAAUUGCCGAUCUUCAAAAACAUUCAAGGUUUUUUUAAAAAGUCAACAACAUUCCUUGGUCAUUUCUUUAAACCAGAUAUGACAUUUUGGUGGGAAUCAACGCGUGGGAUUAAACUCUUGAGAAACCUGGUUUCUCUUUGCGGACUGUUGCUGCUCCUGGUCCUGGUCCUGUUGUAUAAUGGCCCGUUUCUAAUCCUGUGGUGGCACCAGAGAUCUGCCGAGAAUGCUGCAGUCUUACCCCUGGAUAUGGCUCCAGAUUCCAUUGACGACAUGUAUGAUGGCUGUCGUUCUAAAUCCAUGUCUCUCAUCAACCUGUAUGGUGUGUUUGAGUGGCAAGUCAACAUGAACUUUAGCUACGCCUGGGCUGUAGUCGAGAGAAAUGCCAAGAAACCUGUGCACAAGCACCUGCAAGACGAUCACGCCACGUCCUUGUACAUUUUCACAAAACUGGCCAACAUCCGUAAGGAUUUCAACACGGCCGUGAAAACGGGAAAACACAAGUACAGCACCGAUGGCUUCAUGUUUCAUUUUCUGUAUUUCUACUUGACCGAUGCCAUUCAAGCCCUGAAUCCGAACCACUCAGAGUGCCGAACCGUUUACUUGAGAACUUGGAAACGGUUCGAGCAGGAUAUCGUCAACACAAACGUCCGCUUUGGGGGAUUCACCUGGGCAAUCUCAAGCAAGCAGUCAUCUAAGGUCAAGGGCAACGUCUCCUGUUUUGAGAUCCAAACGUGUUUCGGUGCUGACAUCACGCAUUACUCCAGCGUAAACCAGAGGGGACAGGUGCUCAUUCCAACCUAUGAGGUUUUCCGGGUCACGGACGUUGUGAUGGGCGACCCGUGGUGCGGCGUGGUCUACAAGCUUCAGAGCACCAAGAAACCAAAAGCAGACCAAAACUGCAAACUGAGUCAGGAGCUGACAAAAUCCCUUUUGGGUGGAGGAUUUUUAAACUGGGGUGGAGGCAACACUGUGACCAUGUCAGCAUGCGCUGCGCUGCUAAUGAUAAACUCUUUCAUUCUCGUGAAACGCAAACAGAAAAGCUACGUGGCUGUUGUGUUGGGUGCUGUGAUCGUCCUGAUGAUUUUCAUGUUAUUGCUUAUUUAACUGCAGUCUUAAUUUAUAUUAUAAACACUUGGAGGACAUUCAAAUAUUCCAAAAGACAUUUUCUUUAAAAGUAUUUUCCAAAAUAAUUAACUACAAAAUGGUGAUUAUUUGUCCUAAAUGAAUAUCUUUGUUCUGCAUAUGUACAUUGGGAAUUUUGUGAAUUCACCUGACCAAAUAAAAUAAAGCAAAGUCCUAUAUGUACUAAGUUUGUAAGCCAAAUUAAAAGAGCUAUAACACAGAUGAAAAAUGGUAACUUCAAGUCCAAAAUGUCUUUAAAUUAUUAAUUUUUGUUUAAUUCUAGGGUUGAUUUUAACUUCUAGUUGGUGGUUGAGCUGUUUCUUUGCACAGAAUCUUUAUUAAGUUUUAGUUUAUCAAUUUGUGGUUUUGAAUGUCUGAGCUCCACAGGAAGUGGUCUGCAGGGGUCUUAUGAGAAGCAGGAAGUGGGAUGUUGACUACGAACUCUUGUUGCUCUGCAGAAAUACUGUUAACACACAGAAAUAAUCUAUUUAUGUGUGAGGCCAUUCAUGACAAUAGAAUAAUAGUGGUGUGAAUAAAUGCAUGGUCUUGAA